AUGGUGCAUAUUGACGAAAUGUUCAAAGCUCGGCUCCAUUUUGGGCACAAAAUUGGGACGGUCCAUAAUAAUAUGAAAUGGGCGUUAUAUGGCGAACGAUUGGGUGUGUGUGUGUUCGAUUUGGAUAUCACCAAAGCUUAUUUGGUCAGAGCACUAAAUUUCGUUGCUCAUGUCGCGAUGCGCGGCGGAAUGCUGAUGUUUGUCACCUCGAAUCGCGACACAAUGUUUGAGGUGGAAAAGACCGCUGAAGAGGUUGGGCAAUAUUCGCACGUGCGGAAAUGGCAGCAAGGCACAUUGACGAAUACUAGACAGCUUCUCGGCGCUUCUGUCCGUCUUCCAGAUACUAUCAUUUUCAUGUCGACGCUAACUUCACUUGGUGAAAGCCAUCCAGCGAUUAUUGAGGCUGCAAAAAUGGCGAUUCCGACGAUUGGUGUGGUGGAUUCUAACUCGGACCCGGCCUAUUUGACCUAUCUAGUUCCUGCGAAUGACGACACGCCACAAUCCGUCGAAUAUUUGUUGAGAUUUUUCAAACAGGCGAUCAAAUUGGGGCAAGAAGAGCGAAAAAGGGUUCAAAAAGAAGGCGUUUAA